CUUUUCAAGCUGGACUUGUGAGAGACUGGAAGGAUUGAUGUCUCGAGACGUUAUGGGCUGCACGUGUGUGGAGGAAGGGGCAGGUCGGGCCUUGCUCUGGUGAGGCAGUACCCUGCCCUGUACUGUCCCACACCUAGAGCCUGUAUCCCAGCCCAGCAGUAGCUGCCAAUCCCUGGCACACUAGAGGCAAUGCUCCACAUCCACCUCUGGAGCCCUUAGCCCAGCUUCUGAGUGGGCAAAUGACUGGAAGUCCUACCUGGGAGAAGGGCCCAGGAAGGCCAAGGGGUAUUUAAGGCCGAACACAAGGCAAUCAGAUGUCUUGACCAUACCUCCCCUUGGAAUGUCUAUCUGAACACUGCUGGAACCCAGGAGCUGAUUAGCAAAAUGUUUGGGACAGUGGUGGUUGGAGUUGGAAUUGCUGGCUUAGCACGAAUCCGAGACUUGAUGAAUCCAAUGCCUUCCAGCCCUUCUGAGCACCUGAAACUCUUUGGAUUUGUAUCCAGGAGAAGUUUUGGCAAUAUUAAUGAGGCUAAGCAGAUUAGCCUGGAAGAUGCUCUGAGAAACAAAGACAUCCAUGCAGCCUUCAUCAGCACAGAGAACAGAAGCCAUGAAGAAACCAUCAGAAUGUUUUUAGAAGCUGGGAAACAUGUCCUUGUUGAGUACCCCAUGGCUUUGUCUGCUAAGGCAGCCCAUGAGCUCUGGGAGAUGGCUGAGCAGAAAGAUAAAGUACUCCAUGUGGAGCACAUUGAACUUCUUACUGAAGAGUACAAGCAGCUGAAAAAAGAGGUGGCUGGGAAAGACCUAGUGAAGGGAACAUUGCAUUUCACAGGUAGUGUCCUCGAUGAAAACAAAUCAGGAUUCCCAGCUUUCAGUGGAAUUGCCCGUCUGACUUGGCUGAUUGACCUCUUUGGAGACCUCACUGUUACCUCUGCCACUAGAGAGAAGCAGAAGGAUAAGAAUUAUUCCAGAAUGACUGUUCACUUUCAGACAGCAAACAAGAAACCGUUGACUUGGAUUGAAGAAAGGGGGCCAGGGAUGAGACGUGAAAAGAAAAUCAACUUCUGUUUCACAAGUGGUUGCCUGGAGAACUUCCCUGAAGCCCCAAGGUCUUCCGUGGGCCUUUUCAUGCAGGAUCAGAACCUCUUUGCCAAGAAACUGCUGGGCCAGGUCUCCAAGGAGGAGCUGGCUGCUGAGAAAUGGCGAAUUUUGCGGUGUCUUGACCUUGCUGAGGUGAUCCAACAGUACUGUGAAGAGCCAGAGAAAAUCUAUUCCUGAGACUGCUCUUGGGGAAGGAGGAAUAUGGCAGAUGGAAAAGCUGUAGGGCUAGAGCUCAGUGUUGCCAUCAAGCAGUUGCUAUUUCUGGUUCAUGACCUUCUUUUUGAGUAUUUGUGAUUCCUGGGCUGUCCAGGUGGUCUGGAGAGUCUGGGCUAUACCCCGUGCCUUCUGGUUCGCACCAGACCACAGCAAUUGCCCUGCUCUGAUGCAUCUCUGUCCUUUCAGGUAGUUAGGAACCUAGCAAAAACAAGCUUUGCUGUGAUUCAGCUGGAAAUAUCACUGAGAGUAGAUCCUGCAGGACUGUAAAUACUAUAUAUAAUUCUCUCUGCCGGGGUCUGUCCCCCCAUUCCAGAUAUGUCUGGAAAUGAAUGUGUCUCAGCAGUAUUCAUGUAAUAUUUUUUAGAAAGAAGUAUUAGCUAGAAAGAUGUUCCAGUUCAGUUUUCCACCUCUUUACUUGAAAUACAGAACUUGUGCCACCACAGUCCUGACCUUUUCUUCCAGUUGUCCUGAAUUGUCUGUGUGUUUGCUCUAAUUAGUAGUUUUGCCUGUUAGAUGGGGUGCGGGGGGGAGGUUGUGUGAUUUCUGGGUUUCAAAUAGAAAUUCAAAUUUCUAUUUGAAAUUAGAAUAAAAUAGAAUCUGUGUUGGUAUCAAA